CUGUUGGGACACGGACAAAGUACAUAUUUCGUUUGUUUCUCUCUCCUGUGUAGCUAUCCCACUUGUAUCUGAGCUGGCAGUGGAAAUUUUGGAAAAAGGAGAAGUGAGAUUCUGGUUGCAAGCUGAAAAACUGUCUGGCAAUGCAAAGGCCAACUUUGUAUUUAACGAUAAGGAGAUUUUUAAUGGAGAGAAAUACAAAACGAAGGUGGACCAGAAGACAGGCCUUGUUGAAAUGAUUAUGGAUAAACUUGAGGAAAAGGAUGAAGGGACUUACACUUUCCAGCUUCAAGAUGGAAAAGCAACCAACCAGUCCAGCCUUGUCCUCAUUGGUGAUGUGUUCAAGAAGCUGCAGGAUGAAGCAAAUUUCCAAAGAAAGGAGUGGCAAAGGAAACAAGGUCCUCAUUUUGUGGAAUACCUGGGAUGGGAAGUUACUGAUGAUUGCAAUGUGCUGUUGAAAUGUAAGGUGGCUAAUAUUAAGAAGGAAACACACAUUGUAUGGUACAAAGACGACAGGGAGAUAAUGGUAGAUGAAGAACAUGACUUUAAGGAUGGUGUAUGUACCCUGCUGAUAUCAGAGUUUUCUAAGAAAGACGCUGGAAUCUACGAGGUCAUAUUGAAGGAUGACAGAGGGAAGGACUCCAGUGAACUGAAGCUCAUGAAUGCAGCUUUUGCGGAUCUGAUGAAUGAAGUCUGCAGAAGGAUCGCUUUAUCUGCAACUGACCUGAAAAUCCAGAGCACAGCUGAGGGCAUUAGGCUGUACUCCUUUGUUAAUUACUAUGUGGAAGACCUGAGAGUAGGCUGGGUGCACAACGAUACCCAGAUUAGAUUUACAGACAGGGUGAAGACUGGUGUCACUGGGGAGCAGAUCUGGUUGCAGAUCAAUGAGCCAACUCCACAGGACAAAGGCAAAUAUACCAUGGAGCUCUUUGACGGCAAAACAGGACACAAAAAGACAGUGGAUCUUUCUGGACAAGCAUUUGACGAAGCCUUUGCUGAAUUCCAGAGAUUAAAGCAAGCUGCAAUUGCAGAAAAAAAUCGUGCACGGGUACUUGGAGGGUUGCCCGAUGUCGUCACCAUCCAGGAAGGCAAGGCGCUUAAUCUUUCUUGUACUGUCUGGGGAGAUCCUACCCCGGAGGUCUCAUGGCUGAAGAAUGAGAAGUCAUUUGUAUCAGAUGCUAAUUGCGUCCUGAAAUAUGAAUCUGGAAAAAACGUCAGCUUCAGCAUCUCUGCUGUGUCCACACACGACUCUGGGAAAUACAGCGUUGUGGUGAAGAACAAGUACGGCACCGAGACCAGCGAUGUCACUGUGAUUGUGAUUUCUAUGUCAGAACAGACUGACAUGGCUAAAUACGCAGCUAGUGCCCAAGGACAUAAACCAAAUAAUAUAACUGUAGCUAAAAAGAAAAGAUCAACAAAUCUUAUUAAGCCACGUGUAGAGGAAAUUAUCGCGACAGAAGAGACACCCGGUCCAAAUGAAAUCGGUUCAGUGGAAACAAAACAGGAUACAGAAAACAACCAGCGAGGAGCCAAGGAGACCAAAGGGAAGACUACAGGACAGAGAGACCCUUUCGGCACCCUUUCUUCCUCUGCAGCUCUCCACAUGCUGGGCUUGUCUCCCUUCUGCUCCCCUUGUCACCUUCUAGCACCAGGCCUAUCGGAUACAGACACAGUCGCUUCCACCGACUCUCUCACCGCUCACACUAACAUCAGCCGAAUAAAAUCUCCAACUCAGGCCAUGAUUUUGGCAAGACUGGCAAUCCUAGCCUCCUACCAGGAGGCCUGGAAGCCUAUCCUAGCCAUGAGCAAAAGGAGGCUUGUGAAACACCUGCUCAUGAGUGACAAAGAAUGGAAAAAUGUUGUUCACAUGAGACUUGAUCUGCAACGUGCAAAGUUGAGCAUCUUAACCCUAUGGUGA